GCUCGGCCCUGAUUGGCUGCUUCUGCCGGGGCGCUAGAAACUGUUGCCAUGGCAAAGGGAAUAAACUUGCCGGGAGAAGAGGAGACGGGGGGGCCGUAGAGGGGGGCGCGGCUCCGGAGCACAGGAGGCCAGCCUCGUCUGCAGAAGGAUAUCAGGGUGGCCUGCAAUCUUGCCUUCCUGAUGGCAUUUGCACCUCCCAAAAACCUGGAUGGCCCCAAACUGCAAACCAAGAUGAGCACCUGGACACCUCUGAACCAUCAGCUUAUGAAUGACAAGGUAUUUGAAGAAAGAAGAGCCUUGCUUGGAAAAUGGUUUGACAAGUGGACAGAUGGUCAGAGGCGAAGGAUCCUGCUAGAUUUGUUGGAACGCUGCUCCCUGGCGCAGCAGAAAUUCUGUUCUAAGCAGUUGCAGGACCGAGUUCCAGUUGAAGCCCUGGAUUUCACCACAAAGCUUCCCAGAGUGUUGUCUUUAUACAUUUUUUCUUUCCUGGACCCCAGGAGUCUCUGUCGAUGUGCACAGGUGAGCUGGCACUGGAAGUACUUGACGGAGCUGGAUCAGCUCUGGAUGCUUAAGUGCCUGCGUUUUGGCUGGUACAUCAACUUCUCUCCGACCCCCUUUGAGCAGGGAAUCUGGAAGAAACACUACAUUGAGAUGGUGAAGGAGCUUCAUGUGACAAGGCCCAAGACCCCUCCAAAAGAUGAAUUUGUGGUCAUCGAUGUCCAGCCAAUAGCAAGAGACGUCCCAGAGACAAAACUAUCCCUUUCCUCGGUUCUCCAAUCAGCAUCUGUGAUAGGAAAGAGGACAGACAAGGAGAAAAAAGAGCUCCCACCAUGGCGGUCCUCGGAUAAACAUCCCACUGACAUUGUCCGAUUCAACUACCUAGACAACUACGAUCCGAUCGAGCAAGUGAGGCAGGCUAGAAAGAAAGGAGGAGGACUUACCCCAGACCUCAGCCGGCAAGCAUUUGAGAAAAAAAGGAAACCGAGCUGUGCAUCUUAUAAGCUUCGGAAAGCAAAAUCAUUGCUGUCCCUAUCUGCAGACCUUGGCUCUAGCCCAAAAGGACCAGUUCGCCCAAGUUGGGCUACUCACCAAUCAACAGGGUACCCUGUUACCAAAGCAACAGCUAAGAUCCUAGCUCAAAGUGCCCAGUGGAAUGCUGGGAUACGACCAACCCCUGUUCGAGCUCCAGUACCAAAGCUGAGUGAAAGAGGGAAGAAGGCCUUUGCAAGGAUGAGCAGAAGUUCUCCAUCAUCCCCACUGUUUGAAGCUCAGCCUUGGCAAAUUCCUCCAUCGGACCAUGGAUCUGACGCAGAGUGAGGGAGGGACGUUUCAGUGCAAUUCAUCCCAGUCAAACCGGCUCAUCUGCCCAGCUUUCAGAAGACGCCGAUCACGUCCCCUGAGUUACCGUGAAGAACGGGUGUUACUGACAUGCUCAAAGUCUCAAGGAUCCAGCUCCGUUUUUUUAUAUCACUUGUCACAAUAAGAGACUUCCCCCCCCCCCCCCCCUCAUUGAACUCACUAUACAAUGCGGAGACCCUGCGGGAGAUUUACUAGUAUAGCUCUGGGCUAACUGCAUUGCAGCCAGUUUACACUGAAGGUUUUUGGGGCAGGGACUAUCUUUUAGUAUGUAUAUGUACAGCACAUAGCAGGGUGGGCCCUCACUAUGGUUGGGAUCUCCAGGUGCUACCAUAAUACAAAUAAGUCAUGCAAAACUAGGGUGAGAUCAGAAUUUGAAUCAGUAUCUUGUUUGCUAUCUUGCCUUUUUGCAGUAGGUUUUCUUGUCUCUGCUGCUUUGGAUGCUGAUGCCUGAUUCUGCUUUCACUCAGUGUUUGUCUUCACUGCAGAGUUAACUUGGGCAAUUGGCACCCGGGUUAGUCUAACCCAGGUGCAAGCCGCCACACUGCAAAGCCUUACUGUCUUACUGGGUCCUCACUGGUGCUGAACUCCCAUGUGUGUGUCAUUAGGACUUU